ACACACCAAAUUUGCUCGAAUCUUCUUACCGAACAACAACAACGUUAUUCGUCGUGUUCAAUCAAAGGAAUCAGAUCCUGUUUGUGAGCGGAAAACAGAAAGUAUGAUCCGAUUGAUGUGUAGACCACUGGAGCGAUGUUUCGGCCGGCGAGGAGGCGACGGUCUCAUGUGGCAAAUGGAUUUGAAGCCUCAUGCAUCAGGCGACUUCUCAAUCGCCGUCGUUCAAGCCAAUUCCAGCCUUGAAGAUCAGAGUCAGGUUUUCACUUCACCGUCGGCUACUUACGUUGGAGUUUACGACGGUCACGGUGGUCCUGAAGCUUCUCGUUUCGUCAAUAGGCAUAUGUUUCCUUAUCUUCAAAAAUUCUCGAAUGAGCAAGGAGGAUUAUCAGCUGAUGUAAUUAAGAAGGCGUUUCAUGCUACAGAAGAGGAUUUUCUAAGUCUAGUGAAGCGAUCAUUUCCGGUUCGACCACAGAUUGCUUCAGUUGGAUCAUGCUGUUUAGUUGGUGCUAUAUCAAAUAAUGUGUUAUAUGUAGCAAACUUAGGUGAUUCUAGAGCUGUUCUUGGCCGAAGAGCUCCUGUUGGUUACCCUAAUAAGAAGGUUGUUGCUGAACGUCUGUCUAGGGACCAUAAUGUAGCGUAUGAAGAGGUAAGGAAGGAGGUGAAGGCACUCAAUCCUGAUGAUUCAGCAAUUGUUGUCUAUUGCCGUGGUGUUUGGAGAAUCAAAGGCAUAAUUCAGGUAUCAAGAUCGAUAGGAGAUGUGUAUUUGAAGAAACCCGAGUUCCAAAGAGGAGGACCUGUUUACCCUCAAUUUGGUAAUCCAAUUUCAUUAAGAAGACCGGCACUAUCAGCAGAACCUUCAAUCCACAUUAGAGAGCUGAGGAAAGAUGAUUUAUUCAUUAUAUUUGCAUCAGAUGGGCUUUGGGAGCAUUUGUCUGAUGAAGAAGCUGUUGAAAUUGUAUUCACUAGUCCAAGAGCAGGUGUAGCAAAAAGACUAGUUGGAGCGGCAAUUGAAAAAGCAGCAAAGAAGAGAGAAAUGAGAUAUAAAGACAUAAGGAAAAUAGAGAAGGGAGUAAGACGCCAUUUUCAUGAUGAUAUUACUGUGAUUGUUAUGUAUCUUGAUCAUCAUCAGAAACUAUCUGCUGACGUUGGUUGUAUCAGUCCUCCCAUGGACAUUUUCUCCUAUGCGAAUGAAGUAGUAGUUGUUGAAGAAGAAGAAGCUCAUCGUUCUCUUCUGUCGGGUAACAGAUUACAGUAAUAGAAAUAGUUUGGAAUUGAGAAAUUGGUCUAAAACUUGGUCUAAAACAACAAAAAAUGCAAAAUUACAUUCUUUAGUUUCUUUUUGGGGUGAGGUUUUGUUUUUGUUUUUGUUUUUGUUUGUGUGUGUUCUCUUAUAGAAGUCACCCCCCUUAAACUAUAGUUGAUGGUUGUAAAUCAAGAUUAGACAAUUAAAACUAAUUGAACUGACAGUUCCUUGUUUAUCCAUCA